AUGCAGCGAAAUUUAGUAACAAAAAAAACACGCAUGAACAUACUUGGAAGCGGACUCAUUCAGUUAGAUCGGUUAAAAAAAUGUUCAAAAACUUAUGUCUUAAAAAAUGAUUAUAAUUUUAUAGACUUUAUCAAAUUUUUUGACUACGGUUUUGAUAUGAUAAUUUGUAAAUUAAAAAAAAUGACACAGCAAUCAAGUAUUAAAUUAAAUUUGUAUCUUGAUUGUGUUUACGUGCAUGUGUUAACACAGGAACGCCGAGAUAUUUCAUUUAAAACCGAAAAUAUGUUAGCGUUUACAAAUUCAAAUUUCGAAAAUUUAUUAAAAAAAAUGUUUAAUAAACUUAUUAAGGAAGAAUCUGACUUUGUCACUAGAGGGAGUGGUUGGAGUUUAGACUCAAUUGAUGUCUUACAGUUAAGAAUUAAUAUUGUAAACCCGUUAAAUGGAUCAAGUUAUUUAAUUUUACCUGACUCAAUACGUAAUAAGAAAGCUGUUAUAAAUGUAAAAAACAAUGAUGAAAAAUGUUUUAAAUAUGCAAUUUUAUCUAAGUUUAAUAAUCCUUCAAAUAAAAGUCAAUUUAACAAACAAUAUUUUAAAAUGCUUGAAAAGAAAAGUGAUUUAAAUUUUCACUGUAUCGAUUAUCCGACACCAGUCAAACAAAUUAAAAUAUUUGAACGUUUAAAUUAUGUGUCAGUUAAUGUUUUUAGUACAGAUGAUACAAAUGUUGUUUUCCCAUUAUAUAUGAAUAAUGUAGAAAGUAAAAAUCAUUUCGAUCUGCUUUUGAUUAAUCGUGGUGAAACAUCACAUUAUUGUUUUAUUAAUAAUUUCGACAGACUUAUUCGUAGUCAAAAGACAAAACAUAAAUCUAAAUUAAUUAUAUGUAAAAGAUGUUUUACAGUUUUUAGUAAUACUCCUUGUAUGUAU